AUCUGAUGGCUAUGGCCUUGAACGACUCCACGAUGAUUGAGGAUGUCCCGUCCCAGGGACAGGAGAUCCUGCCGUUUGACGCGGCAGGAGAUGAAUUCAUUUUAUCUACGAACCUCGAAGGAUUCGAGGGGAUGGAGGAGGGGAUAGUACAAGAGAAGAAUAAGGUCAUAGACGCGGAACGAGCAAGGAGCUCAUCUACACCGAAGCCGGUGAACACCAAGGUUGAAGACGGCUUUUCGCACGGGAAAGAACGUACAAAAGGUAAAGUCAUAAGAGUGGUGAAAAGGCAUGCUGAAAAAGACGAUGACUCUGGAAUCGCGAGUGCCGAUAAGGACUCAUCGGGAGCGUCGUCCACGCUGGCAAUCUCUCUCCCGCUGGAGGAGGAAGCUGCAAAAAUCGAGAAGACACCGGUAGCAAGGCAAGCUGUAAGGAGGGAAAGUCACAAGACCUCGUCGCACGGCAAACCGAAAACGGAAAGAACAGUGAAGAAGUAGGACGACGGCUGGUAUACGGUACGACCACUGGAACAGGACGGAUACAGGACGAAGGAUAGUCGUCUAAUCAAUCAACAGGAACAUUGACGAGGAACGGAAAGGACGGACACGGAAUUGGGAUAGCAUCUAGGGAGUACCGGACGAGUCGGAUCGAGCUUUCGACAACGAUGCGUCGAUCAAUUGGAUAGAUGUGGGAAAACGAAAACGAAAACGAAAGGGUAGAACUCUGGUUGAUCGGGGUAUUCUUCGAGUCUUGCUGGGCCGGGAGGUCGGCAUUCGCGGGGUUCGAGUUGAUUCUGAUUCUGAUUUUGCCCGUUGGUUCAUUAGAUGACGAAUUUUAUGACCGACAAUGGCUCUCGACGGACUUUAUGUUCAAACGCUUUGUCAUUUAUUCUUUUAAUUGAUCUCGGCGUUGAGUUGCUGCUGACCUCCUCUGGUUCUUGAGGUGGAGAGCAAAAGGGUAAAAGGAUUCGAAUGGAAUAAUCACCCGAGGAAUGCCCCGAUCAUUCAGACAAAUUAUGCGUAGUAACUCUGAAUUAAUUAAUGAUUAAUCGAUGGUGUGCUUUCGCGUGGUAUGGGAAUAUGUUAGUUAUUUGACAAUGUUCGAUCGUCCUUGAUUCGUUAUGAGUUCAUUUGUCCUGUUUGAUUUUGUCUCUGUUCACCUUGGUCUGUCGUAUGAUAAACUGAUUGCCUUUAUUUUUGUUUGCUGGUAUUAAAUUACUUUACAUAUAUGGUUACGUUUUAGACUUAAGAGUCGGGAUGAAUACUUUCCGUGAUACUAGUUUUAAAUUGUACUACUUCUUUGUCUGCCUGUUUGCCUGUUAGUUGAGCGUUUGUUUAAUGUGGAUGUAUGUUAAUGAAGCGUAUUGUUGACCCUUGUUCUGAGUAAAUUAAUGGCGGGGAUAGAUCGUACUUGUUGGUAUCAGAAGUAUAAGAUGGGACUUGUCGGAGAAUGUAGCGCAGUGUUGAACAACGUGCCGGGGAUUAAUUUAUGUGAAAGACACUUUCCAUUGGGAAUGGUGAGGGAUUCCUCUUGCUUCUAUGUAAAAACCCUUCGUAAACUCGCGAUUAGGCUUGAACCCUGACUCGCGUGACUCCUUCUUCAUCUUUGUACGGUCGUGGAAUGUUUGUGAUGAGCCUGGUCAAAAUCAUGAUUACUGCUCGAUAGUCGAAUGUAUUUGAUAUUCGUGAACUCGCGGUCGAUUAGCUCAUUUCUGUGGUAGAUAGAUACGAGACAUAACAGAACGAGGGUAAAACAUGAAUGAAUGGGACUUGUUGUAUGGAUAAGUUUUAAGAACGCGACUCGGUCACGAUUGUUACUUAUCUUUUAUAGUAUUCAGUUUGUAAUCGGUAUGGAAACGGUGAUCGCUAACGUAAGCUAUUACAUAAAUUCACUCUUGUUCGAGAUAUUUUAUUUUUUAUAUAUUUACAUAUUUCUUAUAUUUUAUAUAUAUUUCCAAAAAACGUUCUUAGUUAUGUAUAAAUGAAGAAGGCAUACUUGUGUUUUGAGACGCAUACGAUGUGAAACUGAUAAAGAAAAACGUCGGUAAGCUCGUGGAGACGUUUGGACUACGGGCCGGGUUUGUCGGUUUUGCAUACGAUGAUAAUCACACUGGAAGCGAGCUGUUUGACACAAUGAUUAAAAAGUUUGUCGAACGACCGGAUUGUUUGUAUGCGAAAUAAUAAUAAAAACUGUUUCACUGUAGUGCCUGAUAAAUG